AUGGCUUGCACAGUUGUUCCGAAUGCCAUCUUCAAGAAUGGCAACAGCAUCCCCAUGUUCGGACUGGGCACCUGGAACUCACCACCCGGACAGGUUGCGCAGGCCGUAAAGGAUGCCAUCGACAUCGGGUACCGUCACAUCGAUUGUGCUCAUGUCUACCAAAACGAGCAUGAAGUUGGUGAGGGAAUCGCGGCCAAAAUUGCUGAAGGAGUCGUGAAAAGGGAAGAUCUCUUCAUCACCAGCAAACUGUGGAAUACUUUCCACCGACCCGAUCUGGUCGAGGGAGCCUGUAGGACAACGUUGAAAAAUCUGAAACUAGACUAUCUCGAUCUGUACUUGAUUCACUGGCCGGUAGGCUACAAGGAAGGACCGGAACUAUUCCCAAUGGGACCGGAUGGUAAAACGUUCAUUUUUUCCGAUGCCGAUUACGUCGAUACCUGGCCCGAGAUGGAGAAGCUCGUCGAUGGCGGUUUGGUGCGAAAUAUUGGGCUUUCCAAUUUUAAUACCAAACAGGUGCAGCGUGUCCUCGACAUUGCACGGAUCGUACCGGCGACGAAUCAAAUCGAGUGCCAUCCCUAUCUGCAUCAGUCGAAAAUUACUGCGUACUGUGCCGCAAAUGGUAUCAUCGUAACGGCGUACAGUCCACUGGGGUCUCCAGCUCGACCCUGGGUUAAGGCGGACGAUCCGGUGCUGAUGGAUGACGCAACGGUUGGUCAGCUGGCCAAAAAGUAUGGCAAAACUACGGCACAAAUUUUGAUCCGCUACCAGAUCCAGCUAGGUCACGUCGUUAUUCCGAAGUCGGUCACGAAGGAACGAAUUGCGUCGAAUUUCGAUGUGUUUAGCUUUCAGCUGGACGAUGGCGAUAUGAAACUGUUGGCCGGGCUGGAACGCAACGGGCGCAUCUGUCCGGAAACGAGCGCAUUCGGACAUCCGCAUCAUCCGUUCGAGAAGGAAGAGUAG